AUUGUAGCUUUGCGUGAACAAAAUGCACACAUUCAAAGGAAAAUAGCAGCUGGUGAAGGACCUGCUGAAUCAGAGCAUAUUGAAGGAAUGGAGCCAGGGCAAAAGGUUCAUGAAAAGCGCUUGUCCAAUGGUUCUAUAGACUCAAAUGAUGAAGCCAGUCAAGUUGUUGAACUUCAGGAACUACUGGAAAAGCAAAACUAUGAAAUGGCACAAAUGAAGGAGCGUUUGGCUGCACUGUCUUCCCGGGUAGGAGAGGUAGAGCAAGAAGCAGAGACUGCCAGAAAGGAGCUCAUUAAAACAGAGGAAAUGAACAGUAAAUAUCAGAGAGACAUUAGAGAGGCGAUGGCACAGAAGGAGGACAUGGAGGAAAGAAUAACUACGCUGGAGAAGCGCUACCUCAGUGCACAGAGAGAAUCCACCUCCAUCCACGACAUGAACGACAAGCUGGAGAAUGAGCUGGCAAACAAGGAAGCCAUCCUGCGUCAGUUGGAAGACAAAAACAGACAGCUGCAAGAGCGUCUAGAGCUGGCUGAGCAGAAGCUGCAGCAGACUAUGAGGAAGGCUGAAACCUUACCUGAAGUGGAGGCUGAACUAGCUCAGAGAAUUGCAGCUCUGACUAAGGCAGAAGAAAGACAUGGAAACAUUGAGGAACGUAUGAGACACUUAGAAGCUCAACUUGAAGAGAAGAAUCAGGAACUUCAAAGAGCAAGGCAAAGAGAAAAAAUGAAUGAGGAGCACAACAAAAGACUAUCUGAUACUGUUGACAGACUUCUGACAGAAUCCAAUGAGCGGCUGCAGCUGCACUUAAAAGAGAGAAUGGCAGCACUUGAAGAAAAGAAUGUUUUGAUUCAAGAAUCUGAAAGCUUCAGGAAAAACCUGGAAGAGUCUCUACAUGACAAGGAAAGACUUGCUGAAGAAAUUGAGAAACUGAGAUCUGAACUUGAUCAAAUGAAAUUGAGGGCUGGUUCUUUAAUUGAACCCACCUUGUCAAGGCCCCACCUUGACACAUCAGCAGAGCUGAGGUACUCUGUGGGUUCCCUGGUUGACAGCCAGUCUGACUAUCGGUCAACGAAAGUGAUAAGGAGACCUAGACGAGGCCGGAUGGGAAUACGCAGAGAUGAACCAAAGGUAAAAUCACUUGGAGAUCAUGAGUGGAAUAGGACCCAGCCGAUUGGUGUUUUGAGCAGUCAUCCAUUUGAAAGUGACACUGAAAUGUCCGACAUCGAUGAUGAUGAUAGAGAAACACUUUUCAGCUCCAUGGACCUCCUGUCACCAAGCGGCCAUUCCGAUGCCCAGACUCUGGCCAUGAUGCUUCAGGAGCAGCUAGAUGCAAUCAAUAAAGAAAUCAGGUUAAUCCAGGAAGAGAAAGAGUCGACAGAACUGCGUGCUGAAGAGAUAGAGAACAGAGUGGCCAGCGUGAGUCUGGAAGGCUUGAAUCUCGCCAGAGUCCACCAAGGCACAUCCAUUACUGGCUCGGUGACGGCAUCAUCACUUGCAAGCUCAUCGCCUCCCAGUGGACACUCGACUCCUAAACUCACCCCUCGCAGUCCAGCCAGGGAGAUGGACAGAAUGGGGGUUAUGACACUGCCAAGUGACUUAAGGAAACAUCGGAGAAAGAUUGCAGUAGUUGAAGAAGAUGGGCGUGAGGAUAAAGCCACAAUCAAAUGUGAAACUUCUCCUCCUCCAACACCCAGAACUAUCAGAAUGACUCAUACUCUUCCUUCUUCAUACCACAAUGAUGCCAGAAGUAGUUUGCCUGCUUCAUUGGAGCCAGAAAGCAUUGGUCUUGGUGGCAGUGUCAAUAGCAGCCAGGACUCCCUGCACAAAGCCCCCAAGAAGAAAGGAAUCAAGUCUUCAAUAGGACGUUUGUUUGGUAAAAAAGAGAAGGCUCGACUUGGACAGCUCAGAGGUUACAUGGAAACGGAGGCAGCAGCUCAGGAAUCUCUAGGAUUAGGCAAACUUGGAACCCAAGCAGAAAAGGACCGUAGACUAAAGAAAAACAUAUCUGGACAUGAACUUCUGGAAGAAGCUCGGAGAAAGGGUUUGCCUUUUGCACAGUGGGAUGGGCCAACAGUGGUUGCCUGGCUGGAGCUCUGGCUGGGCAUGCCAGCCUGGUAUGUGGCUGCCUGCCGUGCCAACGUGAAGAGUGGAGCCAUUAUGUCGGCUUUGUCCGACACGGAGAUUCAAAGAGAAAUUGGAAUCAGCAAUCCUCUUCAUCGCUUAAAGCUCCGGUUAGCAAUCCAGGAGAUGGUGUCACUGACAAGCCCAUCGGCGCCUCCAACAUCCAGAACACCCUCAGGCAAUGUUUGGGUGACCCAUGAAGAAAUGGAAAACCUUGCUGCUCCAGCUAAAACGAAAGAGUCUGAAGAAGGCAGCUGGGCUCAGGUAUGACCCAUUUACAUGUUUGUGGUUUUUUAA